AUGUCUGUCCCUCUCGCAGAACUCACAGCUACCUUUAAGGUCAAGCCCACCUUCGAAACUUCCAUGGGUCAUGAAAUCGAUCUGGAUCAAGUUGAUCUGUUGGAAUUCUACUAUUCCCUGCAUAUCUUUCGUUCGAGGUGCUCUAAUCGUUUCUUGGAGGCAAGGGAUAUUGAAAGCGAAGAAAUGAUUGUUCUUUGGAACAACUUUAUUCGCGGCACAGGAUGUUGGGGAGAGGAGUUAAGCGAAGGCGAGAUCAUCUAUAUUACACAUAUUGAUGUCGUCGAGAAGCGCGAAGAAAACUUCCCUCAGCACUAUUCUAUUGUUGGGAACAUGACUCCAGCUAUCGCGGAUAAAAUUCAAUCAUUCUUAGACAAAGACCCUCUUUCCAUCUCUCGCCCUGACCCUGAUGGACUUCGUCCUAUUUUUAUCGCUGCGGCCGCCUCUAAAAAUAUCCAUGUCGUUCAAAAGCUUCUCGAGCUCGGCGUCCGUCGUGACCUCUUCAACAACGAAAAUGGCGAUGGCCUCACACCUUUAGAGAUGCUUCAAGGCGACAUGAGGUCUCUGCGAGACGAGUGGGAGCGAUAUCUCUACGACAUCUUCUUUCAGCAUGGCGGGACAGUGGAGUACGCGCUUGACACAAUAAUCGAUUCUGCACUACAGCAGUCUUGGUUGGGCGAUAGGGUAUUCCAUGCUGUGUUCGACCACCAUGAAAAUUCGAAUCGGGAUAUACUUGGGUUGAUUGCUGAUAAACCUUGGGGACUGUACGAGGAUCCUUCGAAGAGGCGGAACUACGAUCUUUUUGAAAUGGAUGUGGACUCGGAGGACGAGGAGGAGGAGAAAGACAGCGAUGAAGAAGGACGAGGACGAUGCUCGGCGAAAUCACCGACCUGUGUUGCGGAUCUCCCAGUUUUGCGUUUCAGGUGUCAGCGACUCGCUUCACAACUGCGACUCGGCCUUCAGACACCAGGUGUCCGUCCACGGGGGAAAGGAGCACAUGGGGAAGGAUGGCAGCUAUGGCGAAACGAGCUGAGCCUCCUGUGGCUAGGCUCCAAUUCACCGCCACUUCAAAUGGGCUCCAGCCUUGGACAGUAUCGACGCUCUGUGUCCGAGUUUGGCCCCGUGUACGAACUUUUCGGGCCAAUGACCUUUACAUACACACGUUACGCCCUUCUUUCUCCGCGGUAA